AUGCCCACCCAAACUAACCACCACCGCCUCCUCUUCCCUAGUUUCCCGCCUUCCCCCCACGCUUUUCAGAUCCGCGAGUUCCGCGUCUUCCGGCGCCGCCGUCUCAAGCACCACCACCACCACAAAAACCUCACUCUCCGGUGCCAGCUUGGAAACCCUAGCUCCUUCCACGACUUCGUCUCCCACCUCCCCUCCCCCGAUUCCGUCCCAUUCCUCGCUCCGGCCAUCGGCUUUGUCUCCGGCGCGGCGCUGUUCCUCUCGAAUUUCUCCAAUUCUUCUUCGGAUAAACAACAAAUCGUGAUCGGGGAGUGGCUGCUAUUGACGAGUCCGACGCCGUUUAACCGGUCCGUGCAGGUGCGGUGUCCGUCGAUUUCGUUGGAGCUGCUGGAUGAGGUGGACGAGAAGGUGGUGAAGGAAGGCGGCGAGUUCAUGAGGGUGAAUUCCGGUAGGAUUUUCUCCAGUAGUGAGAGUGAGAGCGGUGUUGAGGAUAAAUUGGAGUAUCAGAGACUGUGUGUGAGAACGGAAGACGGCGGAGUGGUGGCGUUGGAUUGGCCGGCGAGUUUGGACCUUGAAGAGGAGCAGGGAUUGGACACCACCUUGAUUCUGGUGCCUGGCACGGCCCAGGGUAGCAUGGAUCCAAACGUCAGGUCGUUUGUGUGUGAUGCUCUCGGCCGGGGCUUUUUUCCGAUCGUCAUCAACCCUAGGGGCUGUGCUGGUUCGCCUCUCACCACGCCGCGGUUAUUUUCAGCUGCUGAUAGCGAUGAUGUCUCCGCUGCUGUGCAGUUCAUCAAUAAGGCGAGGUCCGGGACCACUUUGGUGGGUGUUGGCUGGGGUUACGGUGCAAACAUGUUGACAAAGUACCUGGCUGAAAUUGGGGAGAGCUCCCCGCUUACAGCCGCGACCUGCAUAGACAAUCCUUUUGAUUUAGUGGAGGCCACUAAGUCGUCUCCUAAUCAAAUGGCCAGGGAUCAGCAGCUCACUGAUGGACUGAUUGAUAUUCUGAGGUCGAACAAGGAACUGUUUCAAGGAAAAGCAAAAGGUUUUGAUGUGGAGCAAGCUCUUUCGGCAAAAUCUGUUCGUGAAUUUGAAAAAGCAAUCUCCAUGGUAUCUCAUGGUUUUGAUGCCAUCGAAGAUUUUUAUUCAAAAGCAAGUACAAGAGGUGUGGUUGGGAACGUGAAGAUUCCCGUUUUAUUUAUACAGAAAGACGAUGAGUUGGCAACACCAUACUCAAUUCCACGCAGUUUAAUAGCAGAAAAUCCAUUUACAAGCCUACUCUUUUGCUGCUGCUUACCUUCUCGUGCUAUUGAUGGUUGUAGAUCUGUUCUAUCUUGGUGCCAGCACCUAACCAUUGAGUGGCUCACAGCAGUGGAGCUUGGACUUUUGAAGGGUCGUCACCCUCUUCUUAAAGAUGUGGACAUACCUUUCGAGCCUUCAAGAGAAUUAGCUCAUGAAGGGCGUGACACUGCUGCUAGUUUCUGGUUAAAAUCCAAAAAUGAUUCUUCAAAUGGAUAUACCAUGAGCCAACCAGGUUCUUUAAAUGGAUAUACGACAAAUACUACGAAAAAGAUGUUUGGAGAAAGCGAUAGUGCUGCUAGCUUCUGGUUAGCAUCUAAAAAGGAUUCAUACAGAAAGUCAGAGGCUGAACAUACAGAGUUGCAGGGUGUGGAAAAUGGUGCACUGAAUCAGACUCACUCUGAUGAUCCAGAGUUGGUCAAUGAGGAGGAAGUUGGUCCUGCAGAUGGUGAAAGAGGUCAAGUGUUACAGACAGCACAAGUUGUUAUGAACAUGCUUGAUGUUACCAUGCCGAAUGUUCUAACAGAAGAAAAGAAGAAAAAGGUCUUAACAGCAGUGGGUAAAGGAGACACACUAAUGCAAGCUUUGCAAGAUGCAGUGCCGGAAGAUGUUCGCGGAAAGCUAACAGAUGCUGUAUCUGGCGUUUUACAUGCUCAAGGCCCAAACCUAAAAUUUGAUCAGCUCCUGGGUGUAGCUCGAAUCCCCGAUAUAUCAUCAGGUUUAAAGUCAAAGUUCCAAGACGAGGGAAUUUCAAGUUCAGAAGGUGCACAUGAAGACCAUCAUUCGUCUGAUCUGUUGAAAAAGUCUGAUGAUUUGUUGGAUAGUUCUGUCGACAGUCAACCAGCUGCGAAUAAGCCUCCUGGGGAACUAGAAUCAGAGUCUCUUCCCACGGAGCAAUCACCGAAAAUUUCAACUGAUCAAUCAUUGAGCACUGAUGGAAGUGAUAUUUCUGCUUCUGUCAUCAAGGAUACUACUGAAUCAGAAAGUUCUGACGCUGAACAUCUUAACAAUAGUGAGAAGGGAUCAGAGCAGACAAAUUCUAACAACUCCACUGGAAUUGCUGGUUCUGCUGAGGGAGCAAUUGUCGAGGACGAGAGACACCAAGAUGGUAGAGCAACUCAAUUAGACACAAAAGAUGAGGAAGGUAAUGAUAAUCAAAAGAAGGAUAACAAGAAUACCCAGCCUAUAAUAGAUCAAAAUACGACUAGUACAUCUGAUUCUACUGCCCCGGCACCUAAUGCUCUGGCACCAAAUGUCCCAGCACCUAAUGCUCCGGCACCGGCACCUAGUACAUCUGAUUCUAAUGCCCCGGCACCUAAUGCUCCUGCACCAAAUGUCCCAGCACCUAGUGCCCCUGCAUUUAGUGUUUCGGAGGCAUUUGAUGCCUUAACAGGGAUGGAUGAUUCCACUCAAAUGGCAGUUAACAAUGUUUUUGGGGUUUUAGAAAAUAUGAUAACUCAAUUGGAGGAGAGUUCUGAACAUGAAAAUGAAGAGAAGAAGAGUGAUUCUGCACCUGUAAAGGACCAGCUUAGUGGUAACAAUGGUCAAGAAGAUUCAGAAGCCAGUAAGUUAGACCAGAGUAUACAUACUGAUGGAUUAAGUGAUGUUUCUGUAUCUGAUGGCCAUGUGGAUACUAUUGACCAGCAGCCUGAUGUAUCAAAUGUCUUGGAAGAGAAGCAUACUCAAAGCCCUGUAUCAGUUGAUGGAAAUAGUAUUAGCAGUUCACAGGGAAGUGACAGAGUUAACCAUGUAGGUGAGGAUAAAGUAGAAACAAGGGAUCAGUUGGUUGGUAUCAAUCGUGUAAACAACAUACCACCUUGCUUAACUUCAAUACCACCUUGCAUAACUUCGAUCUCUAGUGGGGUGCAUAAUUAUCUUCUUUCAAAGGUGCGUGCCCAAUCACUAGAUUUAGAUUCAACUGCUGCACUAUUGCUGGACUAUUUUCCAGAAGAAGGUACGUGGAAAGUCUUAGAACAACCUGGACCUGCUGGAAGUUCUGUUGGAGAUGCAGCUGCUCAGAAGGUUGAGGCACAUAAACCUGUUGAUGAUGAAGUAAUUGAGCCAUCUUAUGUAAUAUUAGAUACAGAAAAGCAUCAGGAGCCAAUAAAAGAAUAUGAAGCAGUGGAUAAUGCGGAGGAGAGGGUUGAAAUUGGUGAAGAUGAAAGAGAGGACUUUGGGGAGUUUGUGAGAAAUAUUAUAUUGGAUAGUUUGACGGUCGAAGUUGGUCGCAGACAAGGUGCUGAUGACAUACAAAAAAUGGAACCCUAUCUUACCAAAGAUUUGGAACAAGUGGCUACUGCUGUAUCGCUUUCUGUUGGAGAUGCCUAUGAUCCACGCUUGGAAGUUGAAUACCAUAGUAUUGGCUCAGAAAAAGUCGGUACCCUUCAUGGAGAGCAUGUUAUCAAGGCCAUAUCAUCUGCUGUUCAAGAGACUAGCUUCUUGAGAAGAGUAGUGCCAGUUGGUGUUAUAGUAGGCUCAAGCUUAGCUGCACUCAGAAAAUAUUUCAUUGUUGCCACAGUGCGUGAUAGUGGUCAAAUAGAACCUCCAAUGUUUAGUCGAGCCAAAGUCUCUGGAGAAAAUGUGGCUAAGGUUAGAGGCACAGCGAUUAGCCUCAUGCCUGAUGACAAAUCUGAUGAUGAUUUGAUUGAUAGGAAAGAGGAAAACACGGAGUUGAAGAGUUUAAACAACAGUGUUAUGGUUGGUGCUGUUACAGCUGCCAUUGGGGCGUCUGCUUUAUUGGCACAGCACCAGGAUUCAAUCACAAGUAAUGAAACUUCUGAGAGUUCAUUGGAGUCCAUCAAGAUGAACGGUAAUGGUCAGAUGAAGCCUGACAAUCACGAAGAGUCAUCUGACAAACACCAAAGUAACAUUGUCACAAGCCUUGCUGAAAAAGCUAUGUCAGUUGCUGCCCCUGUCGUACCCAAGAGACAAGAUGGUGGACUGGAUCAAGAAAGAUUGCUCACGAUGUUGGUUGAUAUGGGACAAAGGGGUGGCAUGUUGAGGCUAGUUGGCAAACUUGCUUUGCUCUGGGGUGGUAUGCGUGGUGCAAUGAGUUUGACUGACAAGUUAAUCCAAUUUCUUCAUCUAUCUGAGCGUCCCUUGAUCCAGAGGAUUUUGGGGUUUGCUGGUAUGACGCUUGUUUUAUGGUCACCAGUAGUUGUUCCACUACUUCCAACAUUUAUGCAAAGCUGGGCAACUAAAACCCCCUCCAGAAUUGCUGAUCUUGCAUGCAUUGUUGGCCUCUAUGCUGCAUUUAUGUUACUUGUUACAAUAUGGGGAAAAAGAAUACGUGGAUAUGAAGAUCCACUUGCGGAAUAUGGCCUUGAUUUGAUGUCAUUGCCAAAGUUGUUCGAUUUUUUCAAGGGAUUGAUUGGUGGAGUGGUGCUUGUUUUGUCAAUACAAUCUGCAAAUACAUUACUUGGCUGUGUGAAUAUCUCUUGGCCUUCUACUCCAUCUUCUUUGGACGCCAUGAAAUUGCUCUCAGUGUAUGGACAUGUACUUACACUGAUUGGUCAAAGUAUUAUGACAGCAACAGGUGUUGCUAUUGUGGAAGAAUUGUUCUUCAGGUCUUGGCUGCCCCAAGAAAUUGCUGCAGAUCUUGGAUAUCAUCGAUCUAUAAUUUUAUCAGGACUUGUAUUCACUUUGUGCCAAAGGUCUCUAUGGGCAAUACCAGGACUGUGGCUGCUUUCUGUGAGUUUAGCAGGUGCUCGGCAAAGAAACCAAGGCAGCCUUGCCAUUCCAAUUGGGUUACGGGCAGGAAUAAUUGGUUCAAGUUUCAUCUUACAGAAGGGUGGUUUUCUAACCUACCGGGCUGAAUCUCCCCUUUGGAUUAUUGGCACACACCAAUUCCAGCCAUUUAGUGGGCUAACUGGUUUUGCAUUCGCUUUAUUGUUGGCAAUAAUUCUAUACCCGACAGUGCCUCUGCCUACAAAGACAUUGGAAAGUACAGCUGAGGAAUAAACAUACUAGAGACUGGUGAACAUGCUUUCGACAAUGCCGACGCAUUUUGAAUGGUGCAGCAUCAGCAACAGCCUCAUUGUUGACUUGUUGCUUACUCAUUUGGCUGGUUUAGGUGUUCCACCCCGGAACCAGGAACGGCCUCGGGUUAUGGGGAAACUAGUAUGAAAUUUUGCACGAAAGGCCGGAUUCAGAGGUGAAAAGGAAAUUGAAAGAUGGAAGUGCUUCAUUGUAGCUUUUGAUCUCCCAUUCAGGGUCACUAAGGCUGUGUAUAUACAUACGAUCUCAAAGGUGGUCGGCAAAUUCUGUGACUAGAAAAUGAGCUCUGUCUUCCAUCUUGAUGCCCCUAUGAUCAUCUCAAGUGCUCGACUUCACCUUCAACUGAUUUUGCUUCUUCCUGUCACUACACGUGUAUAUAGAAGGAACUGCAUGGUGUAGGUGUCGGUUUUACUGUAAAUCUGUAAUAACAAAGUCCAAAAGCCAGAAGUCGAGGACGAGUUUUCUUGUUGAUAGUGUUCAUUGUAUGUAUCUAAGUAAAUCAACUACAGAUCAAAUUUCAGGC